AUGACUCCGUUAGAAUCCUAUACCAAUUCACCGCCUUCUUGUGCCAAAGAAUCUCGAAAAAAACACAAUUCGUCCCAGUCAGAACAUGAGCUCGAUCAAUUGUCAAUUGACUCAAUCGAGACUAUCGAUCUGACCGGAGAAGUUCCUCUUCCUUCCUUGUCAACGACUGAACCCCGCGCCCGCGAACCAUCCCGACCACGGAACGAGGGAGCUAUAUCAUUCCAAGGCUAUCGCCAAAAUCGGGGCAAGAAACGGAAGAGUAACGAAUGCGCACCGGGCUUGCUUGCGCUCUCUGGAUAUCCCUUAAACAUCGAAACCCUCUCUGAGGUAAACUCGUCACCACUCGCAAGAAACGCUUCUGCACAGCUGCCGGCAACGCCGAGUCGUCAUAGUCCGCCUAACGAUGCCAAGCUGUCUAAAGGAACGAUCGCGAACGAGAACAACGACGACGAGUCAUCUGAUACCUGGUUCGAUAUUGACACCAUAUUCCCGGGUGCCGGAUUAGUGUGUCCCCACAGCCACCUCGAAGCAACUCCCGAGGAGGUAGAGAAACGGAAACCACGCGACAGUCCAACUCGCAAUUUGUAUUCGAACGAUGCCACACCACCGCCACCUUGUAUUGCACGGGAUACCAAUCCGUCGCAGCCGCAGAACCCAGAGUCAUUCCCGAUCAGGAUGGUCUCUAGUAUUCAACAAGCAGACAACUCUUUCAUGAAAUUUUUGGCUAUUCACUCGGAGACCCUGGCCCAAUUGAUGUCAAUUUUGAAAGAAAAGCUCCACAACAACGCAGAAGUUAUCUACCAACAGGCGAUCGAAGGCCGACCAGCACCAGAUCUUAUCGCCGCAAAUAAGGAUCUUGUCUCCCAAAUACAAACCAUGGAAUCCUUGCAAACGAGCAGGAGUGCUUAUCAGAAUUGUGCGACGCGCAAGGAAGACUUCAAGCAGAGCCUGAUGCGUGUGAUUUCCGAGGGCUCGGACCCAACAACCAUGCCUGAGCUAGCACAGAGUCGAGUCUUCGAGGCUGAAAUGGGAAAUAUUGAGGCCCAAAUCCGCGAACUUCUCUCUCAAGCCAAGAUCUUUGACAUGGCUUGCAAAUUAGGUAUAGAGAAUCUCUCGACUUCACUGAAUAGAUCUCACGCUCUCGAAUAG